GACAGUUUGGCGACGGGCUCGGAGGCUGCAGCAACGCGGCCCGUGGGGCGCCGCUGGUUCCGCUCUAUGAGCCCGGCCGGGGCUGCGGCUCCGAGGGCCGGUCGUCGAGUGCCGCCGCCGCCGCCAGCAGCAUCGCCCAGGGGCCGGCUGUGAUCCGCGGGGGGCUGCGGAACCCGCCCGCCGGCCGAAGAGAGACGGUAGAAAAAAUGUCCACCUUCCUUACGGUUGGCCUUCUCCUGCUCUUUGUGGUGGACUAUGGUUCCUCUGAGAACUCCAGCACUCCACGAGGAUGUGGACUGGAUCUCCUCCCUCAAUAUGCUGCCCUGUGUGAUCUGGAUGCCAUCUGGGGAAUUGUGAUUGAGGCUGUGGCCGGCGCGGGAGUCCUGACCACGCUGCUCCUCAAGUUGAUCCUGCUGGUGAGGCUGCCCUUCAUCAAAGGCAAGGAGAAGAGGAGCCCGUUGGGCCUCCAUUUCCUCUUCUUCUUUGGGACCUUGGCUCUGUUUGGCUUGGCCUUCGCCUACAUCAUCGAAGAAGACGAGACCAUCUGCUCCAUCCGCAGGUUCUCCUGGGGAGUCCUCUUCGCCGUCUGCUUCUCCUGCUUGCUCGCUCAAGCCUGGCGGCUCCGGAGGCUGGUCCGCCACGGCAAAAGCCCAUCGGGAUGGCAGCUGGCCGGGAUCGCCGUCUGCGUUGCGCUGGUCCAGGUCAUCAUUGCCUCCGAGUGGCUGAUACUGACGAUUGUGAGGGAGGGGAAGCCGGCCUGCCGCUACGAGCCCAUGGAUUUUGCCAUGGCUUCCAUUUACGUGAUGUUCUUGAUGGUGGUCACCUUGUCUUUCUCCUUCUUCACGUUGUGUGGGAAAUUUAAGAAGUGGAAGAAGAAUGGGGCGUGCCUGGUCGUCACCAGCUUCUUCUCCAUCCUCAUCUGGGUGGCUUGGCUGACUAUGUACCUGUACGGUAACAAGGAACUGGGGAGAAGAGAUCAGUGGAAGGAUCCCACUCUCGCAGUGGCUCUGGUAGCCAAUGGCUGGGUCUUCCUGAUCUUCUACGCCAUCCCAGAGGUCCACUGUGCCAUCCUGCCGUCUCAGCAAGAGAACACGCCCAACUACUUCGACACCACGCAGCCACGGAUGCGCGAAACGGCUUUUGAGGAUGACCUCCAGCUUCCCCGGAGCUACAUGGAGAAUAAAGCUUUUUCGAUGGACGAACAUAAUGCAGCGUUACGGACGGCGGGAUUUCGCAACGGCAGCUUGGGAAGCCGUGCAAGCGCUCCCUUCCGAAGCAACGUCUACCAGCCCACCGAGAUGGCGGUUGUCUUGAACGGUGGGACUAUUCCAACCGCGCCACCGAGUUACACUGGAAGACACCUUUGGUGAAAAGCUUAGAGGUCAUAGAGGAAGAGAGAGACAGACAGACAGAAUCCAUUAACAAAAUAUUGAUUGCCCACCCCCUCUACCUCCCCCCCAAAAGUGUGUGUUUUUUGUCAGAGGGAGGAAAUCCAUCGGGGAGGCUUGUGCAAAGUCCUAGAAACUGAGAGCUCGGAGUUCUUGUCUCCUUUUUUUUUUUUU